UUCAAAGGAAGCCCGCCCCCGCCGCGCUCGCGCUGCGCCGGGCCGUCACGUGGGGCCGGCGGGCCCGGGCCUGCGCGGGGCGUUCCGGUUCCGGGCGCGGCGGGGUCGCCAUGGCGAGCAACGCCGCCAGCCUGAACGCCGUGAGGGAAACCAUGGACGUUCUGUUUGAGAUUUCAAGAAUAUUAAACACUGGCUUGGAUAUGGAGACAUUAUCUAUUUGUGUGCGGCUUUGUGAACAAGGCAUAAAUCCAGAAGCAUUGUCUUCUGUUAUUAAAGAGCUGCGUAAGGCUACAGAAGCUCUAAAGGCCGCUGAAAAUAUGACAGGCUGAUAUGGGACAAGAUCUCUUCAUGAGAAGAAAGCCAGGUUAAACUUACCAGGAGCUCUGAAGAUUGCCACUAUUAAGAAAAAAAAAAAUUGAAAUAAGUGUAUGUCAAGGAUUCAGAGUACUUCUGUAGUACUUUUCAAAAGAAUUGAAAAGUUUUUUAAAAGUUCACCAGUAAUAUUAUUAGUUGGUAUUUUUGUAAACUAUAUGUUUGUGAAUGUAGUGCAGUUGCUCUUUUUGGCAUCCUGUACAUGUAAAAUCACACCAGAUAUUGUACAGUUGUUGAAUUUACCAGUGUGUACCAACAAAUCUUGUUAUAAUGAGCGUAGCUUUGUUAAUGCAUUCUUUAGAAGUGGUAGUAUAUCAUGGGUUUUAUCUUUUCCUUUGAUGAAAAACUAUAUGUGCAAUUUUAGUCUUGCUUUAUUGUCCAGAUGGGAAUGAAGCCCAUACUGACUUUAUUUUAGUGUAAGGGCACUAACUUAAGUCUCAAGCUAAAGGUAAUAAAUAAAGCAUUUUUUAAAAUAAUGUA